AUGGUGGCAGCUUAUAAGAAGCAGAAACUUGAUAAGUCUGGAAAGGCCAAGAAUGCUGGCAAAAAGGUGGAGAAGGUAGAAGUAGAACGUGAAUCAUCAUCUGAAGAAGAACAAGCUUCUGAACCAGAAGAUGAAGAAGAAGAUGAUGAAGAAGCACUUUCAGACCUUGAAUCCAUGAGUGACAUGGAUGAAAACGAUGAAGUUGAUGUAGCAGACGUCUCCUCAUCUGAAGAAGAUGACUCCGACGAUGAUGAAGAUGAUGAAAGAAUCCCAAAACUUAAGAAAAAGAAGAAUCUUGAUGAUGGAUCAGAAUCAUUUGCCAAUGCAUUCAAUGCUAUUAUUGGUUCUCGUUUGAAGGCAUACGAUAGAAAGGAUCCAAUUUUGGCUCGUUCCAAGACUUCCUUGAAGAAACUUGAAUCUGAUAAAUUAGAAGCUAAGGCAAAGAGACUUAUUAAUGCCGAAAAGAAGGAACAUCAAGAUAACUGUCGUGUGAAAGUUUUACUUCCAGCAGCUGAUAAGCCAGAAGAAGUUAGAACCCUUAUAGAAAAGGAAAAGAAAUUGAAGAAAAUAGCUCAACGUGGUGUGGUGCGAUUAUUCAAUGCCGUCUUAUCCACACAAAUCAAAACUAAUCAAGACAUGGAUAAAGAAAAGGGAUUGGGUGUAACUCGUAAGGAAGAACUCAUGAAUGAGAUUUCCAAGGAAAAGUUUUUGGACUUGGUACAGGCUGCAGGUCAAUCAUAG